GCUCACCGAGUGUCCGAGAAUCGGGGCUGAAUCGAGGGCUUGGAGAGAGCUGCCGGGUUGUGAUCAUGGAGCAUCGCAGUGGAGCAGGUUGCCUUCAAGGCCUGUGGCCAGGCCACAGUCCCUCCAGCCAUGGCAAUCGUCCAGACUCUUCCUGUGCCCCUGGAAGCUACCCCUGAGAGUGCAGCUCCACACCCACCCCACCUGCCCACAAUGGGCAGUGUGAGUAGCCUUAUUUCAGGUCGACCCUGCCCUGGAUCGGGGCCUGCACCUUGCCACCAUGCCCCGUCGGGACCUCCCUUCUUCCGACAGCAGGAUGGGCUACUACUUCGAGGGGGUGGUUGCAGGGCCCAGGAGCCACUGUGCCCUCCAGUACCCACAAGAAAGCCCGUGGGAAAUGCUGGUUUUGCAUACAUCAAUGAAGACUUCCGGGGAGACUCACCCUCCAGCCCCUGUAGUGACACUGAGGAUGCCCGAGAGCGAGCCCGAAGUGCCCACCUCAGGGGCCCACCUCCAAAGCUCAUUCCUGUGUCUGGAAAGUUAGAGAAGAACAUGGAGAAGAUUCUGAUCCGGCCCACAGCAUUCAAACCUGUGCUGCCUAAACCUCGGGGGCCACCAUCCUUGCCGGCAUUCCUGGGGCCACGGGCUGGUGUUGGAGGGCUGUCUGGAAGCCAGGGUAGUCUAACCCAACUUUUUGGGGGCCCUGCUUCCUCAUCUUCCUCUUCUUCAUCAUCAUCUGCCGAGAAGCCUCUGACCCUAAGCGGCUGGGCCAGUGGUUGCCCCUCAGGGACGCUGUCUGACUCUGGCCGAAACUCGCUGUCUAGCUUGCCCACUUACAGCACGGGAGGAGCUGAACCAGUCGGAGGCUCUCCAGUAGGGCACCUUCCUAGUGAUGGCCCUGGGAGAGGGGUGUUGCCUGGCACUGGGGGCAGCCACCGAGGCGUCCCUAUGGGUCCCUCGCACUCAGACAGUGGACGCUCAUCAUCCAGCAAGAGCACAGGAUCCCGGGGAGGCCUCCUCAGUGGUGGGGGCACCCGGGUCUCUCCAGACAGUGGAUCCUGUGGGGAUCGAUCGCCUCUGCCUGGUCCCCCACCCCCUCCUCCCCCACCUCUGCCAGAUGAGUCUCUGCUUCGAUGUGCCCUGCAGGAAAAGCUGCGGGAGCGGGAGGCUGAAUUGCAGCAGCUUCGGGAUAGCCUGGAUGAAAAUGAGGCUGCCAUCUGCCAGGUCUAUGAGGAAAAGCAGCGGCGCUGGCAGCGAGAGCGAGAGGAGCUUCAGGAGGGCUGUGUGGCCCAGGUGAAGCAGGCAACCCAGAGGGCACAGCGGGCACAGCAGCUGCUGCAGCUACAGGUCUUCCAGCUGCAGCAGGAGAAGCGCCAGCUGCAGGAUGACUUUGCCCAGUUGCUGCAGGAGCGAGAACAACUGGAACGGCGCUGUGCAGCCUUUGAGCGGGAACAGAGCGAGCUUGGGCCUCGACUCGAGGAGACCAAAUGGGAGGUGUGCCAGAAAUCAGGGGAGAUCUCCCUGUUGAAGCAGCAGCUAAAGGAGUCCCAGGCAGAGCUGGUUCAGAAGGGCAGUGAGCUGGCGGCACUUCGGGUGGCACUUCGGGAGGCCCGGGCCUCCCUAAGGGCCAGUGAGGGGCGGGCUCGGGGGCUGCAGGAGGCCGCCCGAGCACGAGAGUUAGAGCUCGAGGUCUGCACUCAUGAGUUACAGCGCAGAAAGAAUGAGGCCGAAUGGCUUCGGGAGAAGGCGGGACAGCUGGAUGUGGCUGUGGCAGGACUCAGGGGUGCCCAGGAGCCCCUCCCCAUGCCUGCCCCCGACCCCUUCCUGAUGUCGGAGAGCGAUGAGGCCAAAGCCCAGAGGGCAGCAGCGGCUGGGGCUGGGGGAAGCCUCCGGGCCCAGGUGGAGAGGCUGAGGGCUGAGCUGCAGCAGGAGCGCAGGCGAGCCGAGGAGCAGCAGGGAGGCUUUGAGAGUGAGCGCCUGGCCUGGCAGGCAGAGAAGGAGCAAGUCAUUCGCUACCAGAAGCAACUGCAGCACAACUACAUCCAAAUGUACCGGCGCAACCGGCAGCUGGAGCAGGAGCUGCGGCAUCUAAGUCUGGAGCUGGAGGCCCGAGACCUGGCUGACUACAGCUUGCCCGAGACACCCCCCUGUGUCCACCUGGAGGAGAUCACAGCCACCGAGAUCUAAAGGUUUUUGGGCCAGAGGUGCCAGGUGGCCUUGGCACCCGGGAACCACCUCCUCAAGAGCAGGAUGACCAAAGGGGACGGGGCCAGCCUAUGGGUUCCCUUUCUUUGCCCAGGCCUAGCCUCUAGGAUGAGUGCAGGGGGUAGGUUUCUGGGCCAGGGCUGUUCCCAGAGGGGGUGUUUCAGUAGAGCUAAAGGCCCUGGUGAUAAGCAGGCAAUCUGGGGGACUCCCACCUAUCUUGGGGAAAGGUGUGAAGGCCACUCCCCCACUCACCUUGUUUGCCACCACUCCCUAAAAUCUGUUAACAGCGCCCUUCCUCAGCCUCGUAACACCUACCAAAUCUGCCCCUACAUCAAGAGCCUAAGAAUUCCUUAUCUCCCUGGUGUCCAGCCAGAGACAGAAAGCUUCCUCUUUUCCCCUCCCCUAACAUGUGCCUCCCCUCCCUGAGCUGGGGUAAAGGGUGAGGGGCCUGCAUUCUCCAGCAGGCCCCCUGUUCAGAGCCCCAUUCCAGAGAGCCCCCUGUGUGACCAGGAGCUGCCUUCAGACCAAAGGAAGAACUCAGAGACGUCUUGUUUAUUUGUGUUUGUUACUAUUCUGGUCUUUAACGUCACCCCACCCUCCUUCCCGAGUUUAUGGCAUCUUUUAAAUUGUAUAUUUUUCACAUGUGUAAAUUUCUUGUACAAACCCAAAGAAAAAAUUAAAAAAAAUUUUUGUUUUUAAGAAAAAUGAGUACGCUGAAAG